AUGGAAUACCUCAGUAGGUGCCUUGAGAGUAUGAAUUGUCAACCUGGUUUCAACUAUCACCCUAAAUGCAAGAGAAUCAAGCUGACUGAACUUAUGUUUGUAGAUGACUUGCUUAUAUUUGUGAGAGCUGAUCACACUUUAGUGGGGAAAAUGAUGGAAGCCUUUAGGAAAUUUUCUAAGGCUUCAUGGUUGAAGCCAAAUAAUGACAAGAGUUGCAUAUACUUUUCUGGCAUUAAUUAUGAGGAACUACUCAAAUAUCUAACAAUAUCCAAAUGUCUAUUGGUUCCUUACCUUUUAAGUAUCUUGGGGUACCUCUUGCUACAAAAAAACUUAGCUUCUCUCAAUGCUCAAAUCUUCCCACUUCCUAAAAAGCUAAUUAAGGUUGUGGAGACUAUAUGUAGAAGAUUCUUAUGGAUUGGAGCUGCAGAGUCUUUAAGGAAGGCUCCAGUGGCUUUAUCUUUCAUUCAACUGCCUAAAACAAUUGGGGGAUUGAAUGUGGUAAAUAUGGUUAAUUGGAACAAAGCAGCUAUGUUAAAGUUAUUAUGGGUCAUUGCUUUCAAACAGGAUAAGCUUUGGGUGAGGUGGAUCAAUGCUUACUAUAUCAAGAGAAGUAAUAUUCUAGAUGUUGCUAUUAUAAGCAACAUUGCUUGGGUGUUGAGGAAGAUUGUUGCUUCUAGAGAUCUAUUGAUAAGAGUGGGAGGAUGGAGUGUAAUUAGCUCCCCUCUUACCUUCACCAUUAAGAAGACUUCAAAGCUUCAAGGUGAUAAUGAGAGGGUUGAAUGA